AUGGCCUUAUUGGAGAAAUUGCAUCGAAGGGUUGUUGACAUGGGACUUGUCCCGCGUGUCAUUGCUUUAUUGCCUGUUAUUUCCACGUUAUGUGCCCUGUUCGGGUUCAUAUCUAUUGCUAUUCUGCCAAUGGAUGGGCAGUACAGAAGAACUUAUAUUUCUGAGAACGCUUUAAUGCCAUCGCAAGCGUACAGCUACUUCAGAGAAACCGAGUGGAAUAUUUUGAGAGGCUAUCGCUCUCAAAUCGAAAAGACGGUAAACAUGACUUCUACGGAAAGGAACAAUAUAAUGGGCUCCUGGUUGCAAGAAUUUGGUACCAAGACUGCUAUUUAUGAGAAUGAUCAGUAUGGAGAAACGCUAUAUGGUGUAAUGCACGCACCCAGGGGUGAUGGGACAGAAGCAAUGGUGCUUGCCAUUCCGUGGUUUAACUCAGAGAAGGAAUUCAAUGUUGGUGGUGCAUCGUUGGGUGUUUCAUUAGCUAGAUUCUUUUCACGUUGGCCGGUAUGGUCUAAAAACAUUAUCGUUGUAUUCAGCGAAAAUCCUCAUGCAGCUUUGAGAUCUUGGGUUGAAGCAUACCACACUUCUUUAGAUUUGACUGGUGGUUCCAUUGAGGCUGCUGUGGUACUAGAUUAUUCUAGUGCGGAAGAUUUCUUUGAGUACGUAGAAGUAUCCUAUGACGGGCUAAACGGUGAGCUGCCCAAUUUAGACCUGGUUAACGUYGCUAUAUCUAUUAUUGAACAUGAAGGUAUGAAAGUUUCUUUGCACGGACUACCCUAUGAUCAACUAGGUAACAAUGAUUUUUUUUCAAGGUUUAAAAUACUAUGCUUAGGAAUAAGAGAUUGGGCGUUGUCUGGUGUUAAGAAUCCCCACGGUAACGAAGCAUUCAGCGGAUGGAGAAUCCAAUCUGUGACGCUGAAAGCUCAUGGACAUGGUGGUCAUGAUAUUACCACAUUUGGACGUAUACCGGAAGCGAUGUUCCGCUCGAUUAACAAUCUUUUAGAGAAAUUUCACCAGUCAUUCUUCUUUUAUUUGCUGUUAGCUCCACGCCAAUUCGUUUCCAUUAGUAGUUAUUUGCCAAGUGCUGUAGCUUUAUCGGUCGCAUUUGCAGUAAGUUCAUUGAAUGCAUUUAUCAACAAUGAUUAUGCCAGUAUAUCCCUAUUUUCAGAGUAUAAUUUGAUAGCGGUAUUGGUUUGGUUCAUAUCAAUGGUUGUGUCAUUUGUUAUAUCGCAACUAUUUCUUUCGGUACUACCAGCUGGGUUGUUGAUGACUAUUAGUUUAGCAAUCUGCUUCUUACCUAUAGCACUAUCUGGAAAAGUCCAUAUAUCAGAACCGCUAUCAUACCGAUUAAAAAACGUUGCAUUUUUAUAUUUCAGUUUAGUAUCAACAUCCCUUUUGAUGAUAAACUUUGCUAUGGCUUUACUGAUCGGUACUCUAGCAUUCCCAAUGACAUUUAUCAAGACUAUUUCUAUUAAAGCAUCCGCUGAGUCCGAAACGAGCUUAGGAUCAAACAUCUCAAUAAAAACCGAGCCUAACGAUGAAAUGCAGCUCAAUGAGCAUUAUAGAGAAGGAAUAUCCGGGAAAAACCAACAAAGACAAAAAUUGAAGAAUUUAUCGCUAUUAAUCUUAACAAACCCAUUUAUUUCGAUAACCGUAUUCGGGCUGUUAUUUGACGAUGAAUUUCAGGGAUUUGAUAUAAUAAACAAAUUGGUCUCGGCAUGGAUAGAUUUGAAGUGCUGGAGUUGGUUUGUUCUUUGUAUAGGAUGGUUACCAUGUUGGCUAUUGAUAUUAGCGUCAUCAUUCGAAUCAAAAAGUGUUGUGAUUAAGUCCAAAGAGAAGCAGAGUUGA